AUGCAUAGCUUCUUGGAAGUAAAAAGCACUUUUGUGGAAGGUGAUUUGGCGGUGGGUGAGUCCGUGAGAAGUGGAUCAAGCAGUACAACUCGUGUGAAGCGGCCUAUGAAUGCUUUUAUGCUAUGGUCGCGGAGUCAGCGGCGCAAGGUGGCUCUGGAGAAUCCCAAAAUGCACAACUCGGAAAUCAGUAAGCAUUUAGGGUUUGCUUGGAAGUUGCUGUCAGACAACGAGAAGCAACCGUUCAUUGAUGAGGCCAAACGGUUGCGUGCUAAACACAGAGAAGAAUACCCGGAUUACAAAUACCAGCCCCGUCGGAAGAAAUUUCACAGAAAUUACUGGACAAACGUGAGAGUUUCAUCCAUACAAGAACAGGAAGACUUAACAGAAACCUGUGAAAAUACUACGUUGGUUCCAGAAAGCUCCAGUUUCAACUACGCACAGCACUACUUCGCCAAAACCCCAGACAUGUGUCUGGACAACUGGAUUAAUACAAACCUGCCUGAACAAGAAAACUCAGAAAUUUUGCCAUUGCAGUGUAGCUGUUUUCAGAGUUCCUGA